CGCCAUUUUCAGCUGUUGUCGGCAUACACCGAUAUAUUAGCCUCUCACAACCACCCGUGGGAAGCUCCCCGUGAAUACUAGGCGGUUCACACAAAAAUAAACAGAAUGGCGGCUCUCCGAGACACAUACAACGAUCCAGUCCAUAUUGCCGUUAUCGGCGGUACUGGACUUAGAGAAUUACCCCAUUUCACACAAGUUGCAUCUCUCAACAUCACCACGCCAUGGGGACCACCGUCUUCUCCGAUAACAAUCCUCCAUCACACCUGUUCGACAAGUGGCAAGGUAGUCCCUGUCGCAUUCCUGAGUCGGCACGGUCUGCAUCACGAGUACGCACCGCACGAGGUACCAGCGCGCGCAAACAUUGCUGCCCUCCGAUCAAUCGGGGUACGAAGUAUUGUCGCUUUUUCUGCCGUUGGGAGUUUGCAGGAGGCCAUUAAGCCGCGAGACUUUGUCGUACCAGACCAAGUUAUUGACCGGACGAAGGGGGUGCGGCCGUGGACGUUUUUCGAGGGCGGCGCAGUGGCACAUGUUGGUUUUGCGGACCCGUUCGAUGAGCAGAUGGCGAAGGUGGUGCGGGCAUGUGGGCAUAGCUUGGAAGGGGAUGGCGUUGUGCUUCAUGACCGCGGCACACUCAUAUGCAUGGAGGGUCCACAAUUCAGCACACGUGCAGAAAGCAACCUCUACCGCUCCUGGGGCGGCAGCAUAAUCAACAUGUCAUGCAUUCCCGAAGCAAAACUUGCUCGGGAAGCUGAGAUUGCUUAUCAGAUGAUUUGCAUGUCCACAGAUUAUGACUGCUGGCACUCGGAGGCGGCAGAUGUAACUGUCGAUAUGGUCAUGGCCAAUAUGAAAAUGAACUCGGUGAAUGCGAGAAACUUCAUUGGAGCGGUGCUCGAUGAACUUACAAAGGAUGAACAUGCAGCUCUCGUGCAAGCAAAGCAUUUGGAAGGCACAUGUAAAUUUGGCCUGAGUACUUCUCCAGGAUACCUGAGUGCUGAAGCCCUCACAAAGCUCUCCUGGCUCUUCCCCGGAUAUUUUAGCAAUAAUUAGAGUAUAUAUUAAGGAUAAAUUAGCUGUCAAGUGUGGGAUAUUUGUAGGUAUUUUGCUUUUGGGCACUUGACAUUCCGGGCUGUUCUUCUCUUUUCAUUUAAAUAACUACACUAGACAUUGCUAGAUAAUACUGGAUGGAUUUUAUUCCCAACGACAUCUCCCAUAGCCAAUGGUAUCUUUGAAGAGAUAUUUGAUAUAUUGAAAUGCUGGAAUACCUUGUCAGAUCUUCCCUCUACAAAGCUCUUCAUAUUCGGGUGAUCUGAAAUGAAUUCGACUGUAUG